UUUCAGGGGUCUUUAGGCUACCACAGCGGUGAGGUUGCGAGAGCGAGUCGAUACCUGAUCUUACAUCGAGGAUUGUGGUCAAUCUUCUUGAAAUAUGGCGCCAACUAUCCAGACCCAGGCUCAAAGAGAGGACGGGCACAGGAGUACUUCACACAGAACUGUUCCAGAAAGGUCUGGUGUUGUUUGCCGUGUGAAAUACUGCAAUGGUCUCCCCGACAUCCCAUUUGACCCGAAGUUCAUCACGUACCCAUUUGACCAGCACAGGUUUGUGCAGUACAAAGCCACUUCCCUGGAGAAGCAACACAAACACGAGCUGCUGACUGAGCCAGACCUGGGUGUCACCAUUGACCUCAUCAACCCCGACACCUAUCGCAUUGAUCCAAACAUUCUUUUGGACCCAGCGGAUGAGAAAUUAUUGGAAGAGGACAUCCAGGCUCCAUCUAGCUCUAAGCGGUCCCAGCAACAUGCCAAAGUGGUUCCCUGGAUGAGGAAGACCGAGUACAUCUCCACCGAGUUCAACCGAUACGGCGUCUCCAAUGAGAAAGUGGAGGUCAAGAUUGGUGUGUCUGUCAAACAGCAGUUCACAGAAGAGGAGAUCUACAAGGACAGGGACAGCCAGAUCGCAGCCAUUGAGAAGACAUUUGAGGAUGCACAGAAAACGAUCACACAACACUACAGUAAGCCCAGAGUCACUCCUGUGGAAGUCCUGCCUGUGUUCCCUGACUUUAAGAUGUGGAUCAACCCAUGCGCUCAGGUCAUCUUUGACUCGGACCCUGCUCCUAAAGACAUCUCUGGUCCCGCUGGCGUGGAUAUGAUGUCUCAGGCUAUGAUCAGGGGAAUGAUGGAUGAGGAGGGCAACCAGUUUGUGGCCUACUUCCUGCCCAACGAGGACACCAUGAGGAAGCGCAAGAGGGACUCUGAGGAGGACGUGGACUACAUGCCAGAGGAAUUAUAUGAUUACAAGAUCGCCAGGGAGUACAACUGGAAUGUGAAGAACAAAGCCAGCAAGGGCUACGAGGAGAACUACUUCUUCAUCUUCAGAGACGGAGACGGCGUUUAUUACAACGAGCUGGAGACCAGAGUGCGACUGAGCAAGAGGAGAGCCAAGGCCGGAGCGCAGUCCACCACCAACGCUGUGCUGGUGUGCAAGCACCGUGACAUGAACGAGAAGGAGCUGGAGGCCCAGGAAGCUCGCAAAGCUCAGCUGGAGAACCACGAGCCCGAGGAUGAGGAAGAGGAUAUGGAUCUGGAGAAGGAUGUACAGGACUCCGGCGACGAGAAGGAGAAAGGCAGCGAGAGCGAGAACUCGGGCAGCGAGUCCGAGCGGGACGAGGAGGAGGAGGAAGGCAGCCGGCGGGGAGAGGAGGAGGAAGAGGAGGAAGAUGAGGAUGAGGAGGGCGGCAAACGGCGACGGCUGCGGAAGGGCAGCGGCAGCGGGAGCGACAGCGGGGACGACCGGCAGGCGCGGGAGAUGCGCGACGAGGAGGAGAUCUUCGGCAGCGACGACGACAGCGACGACGAGGAGGAGCCCAAGAACGGAAACCGCAGCAGCGGCAGCGAGGACGAGGAGGAGGAGGAGGAAGGAGGAGGAGGAGGGAGGCGCAGCCGCAGCCGCAGCAGCAGCGAACACUCGGACGUGGAGCGACACAGCGGUAGUGCGAGCGAGCAGGCCUCCGACUCCAGCGAGGCCAGCGACAGCGAGUGACAGGCCACCCCCGCCGUGUAACUGGUUCAGCCCGGCCGCGGCCUCUACCCCACUCAGGGGAAUCCUUCAUUCUUUUAGCAUCCGGUCCGAAGGGGUGAUUUGUAAGAGCGGUGUAGAGGCAAAUGCAGCCGAGUUGUUUAUGGUUUUUUCCUGUUUGAUUUACAUGAAGUUUAAUGUAGGUGUUCGAGGUGGACUUCCCACCAUUGUUUAUAGUUUGUACAUAAUUACCUUUAUUCUGUUAAGUCUCUCUCUCUCUCUCCUUUCUGCUGCUUUCAGCCCAUUACUUAAACCCUGACGCAGGUUGCAUUGCCUUUAGGCCAUAUUUAGCUUCCUGUUUUGAUAUUGAUACUAUUAUAAUGUGUAUUGAUGGAACAGAUGCCACUGUAUCAGUCUGUGGAACUGGUAAGGCUGUCCAGGAAAUAAACCUGGAACAUGGAAACAUGUUUUCUUUUUUACCAGCUUUGAUUACCUGUUGAAUAACAUAAAAGUGGAAGUGCAUAUUAGAGCAAUAAAUGAAAUGAGGUUAUUUUAUUUUCCUUGCUGUGGUAUGAAAACAUAAGUGAACCUUAAAGAGCUAUUUUUGCCACCUCAGCUGGUUCUACACAGGAUAUGGCUCCUGUCUGGUGUUUUAAGAAAGGAAACUUUUAUAACCUUUACAUGUGCCUGUGUUUGAAGUGUGUUUCUGCUUACGCAAAGGAACAGCUGUCUAAGCCUCAUUUUACAGCGUUUGACUGCGUUAGUUUCUCUACACUCUCUGUACUGUAAGGUGGAAAAAGCUUCUGUGAUCUAAUAACGGCAGCCACUGAAAUUAAGGUCUACAUUCUCCUCUCCAUUUCAGAAAAUUGUGUCGUAUUAUUUGGUCACUUACCCAUAGUUUGGAACUAGUGAUCAUGAAUAUGUUGCACUCCAGAGGUCAGUGCAGUUAUUGUGUUGCAGUUGUACUCAUGUGCCAUUUGUAUGAUGGUAGGGUGUAAAUAAAAUGCUGGUUUGGCCUUUCUGCACA